CGUUUCCAUUCCGGCUAAUAUACAUUUACAAUGAUUAAGGGGCGUAACUCUGUUUUAUUUUCGAAAUGAAACAACACGUCAGAUUAAAUUUCAGAUGCAUUUGGAGACACUUGUAGAAUUUAUCAUUCUUUCAUUGUUUUCGAUAAACAGUUCCUGUCAUGGAAGUAAAGUCAAACUGGCCACGACACCAAACAUAGAUGUACUAGAAUAUGGAGACGCAGUGUUUAUGGAAGUUGUUGAACCUGAGGCUAUCAGUUAUCUGUUCAAACUGAGGAGAGCCAAGAACUUUGGGGCUGAUUUUGGCAAGCAACACUUUGGUAUAGCUUUGGUACCAGGUGAUCCAUACCAUGGAUGCAGUCGUCUUAAUAACUAUAAUUUGGUAGUCAACUCUGUUGUACUUUUACAGAGAGGAGGUUGUUCCUUUGUUACAAAGACCUACCAUGCAGAACAGGCUGGUGCUGUAGCUGUAGUGAUUACAGACAAAGAUGAGGCAAAUGAUCAGGGAAUUGUAGAUAUGAUACAAGAUGGAACAGAAAGAGAUGUCUCAAUACCAGCAUUAUAUCUCUUAGGCAAAGAUGGAUAUAUGAUAAAGAAAACCAUUGAACAAUACCAUCUAGCUAAUGCAGUAGUCAAUAUACCAAUCAACAUUACCUCAAUUCCUAUACAGCAGAGGCAUAACAGACCACCAUGGGUGUUAUGGUGAAGAAUUAUCUCCCUUUCAUAUCAGUCCCAUCUGUACAAUUAUAUUUAAUCUCUGUGAUCAUCGUUGAAUUCCAUUAAACUGUGCUAAAAACAAUUUUGGACACUAUGGUGUUAUUUAAAAAGAAAUUAUCCUUUUGAUAACUCUGGUUAGAAUAAAAGUUGGAUGGGUAUAUUGAUAAACAAAUAUAUAUCCUUUGUGUUCUUUUCAUGAAGAAUGAUUUUUAGGAGUAGUAAUCUUUUGUAUACAAUUUUGUUUGCAGCUUAUGAAAUUUAGAGCCAGAAUAAUAUUCAUUUGAACUACCCGUACAUUAUAUGUAUGUGAUUAUUUGAAGUCCUGCAUAUCAUAUCCUU